GCCAUGGGGACAAGGUGGGAGCCGGGGAUGGCGCGCGCCUGGGCUCGCGCCGGCAGCUCAGGCGAGGAGCAGCGGCCAGAGCAGCGCCAGCAGCAGGCAGCGAGCGGGCGCGGGAGCGGGAGCGGGAGCGGGGGUAGCGUUGGCGGCGGCGGCUCCUCCUCGGCCAUCCCCUCGGAGCCGUGCAGCUGACGCGCAUGGCGAAGACAGCGGCGCCUACCGAUGGGAGCAGCGGUUCUCGGCUGGACCGGGUUGGUGGCCUGAAUGUAUUAGCUUUGCUGCGUCUGCCCAAGAGAAAUAAGAAUGUCUAAGCCCCUGGAGGCCGAGAAGCAAAGUCUGGACUCCCCAUCAGAGCACACAGACACUGAAAGAAAUGGACCCGACAUUAACCAUCAGAACCCCCAGAAUAAGGCUUCCCCAUUCUCUGUGUCCCCAACUGGCCCCAGCACCAAGGUGGGCAUUCUCUCUGGCCUCCACUUAACAUUCUGGGGUCCCGGACCCUGCCUCUCUCCUCCCCAGAUCAAGGCUGAAGACCCCAGUGGUGACUCAGCCCAGGCAGCACCCCCGCCCCCCCAGCCGACUCAGCCUCAUCUGCCCCAGGCCCAACUCAUGUUGACGGGCAGCCAGCUAGCUGGGCUCACUGCGCUGAUGCCUGCUCAGCAGCAACUGCUCCUUCAGCAAGCCCAGGCCCAGCUGCUGGCUGCUGCCGUGCAGCAGUCCAGUGCCGCCGCCGCCAACGCCGCUGCCGCCGCAGCCGCUGCCUCCUCCACCUCCUCUGCCUCCUCUUCUGCCUCCUCCUCCGCCUCGCAGCCCCCAGCCUCCUCUGGGGGAGGCGACCUGCCACCAUCACAGCCUGCCAGCCAGCCCCCAGGGACCCCACAGCUCACCUUGUCCCAACCCAUCCAGCUCACAGCACAGGACAUACAGCAACUCCUCCAGCUCCAACAGCUGGUGCUUGUCCCCGGCCACCACCUCCAGCCACCUGCUCAGUUCCUGCUGCCACAGGCCCAGCAGAGUCAGCCAGGCCUGCUACCGACGCCAAAUCUAUUCCAGCUACCUCAGCAAACCCAGGGAGCUCUCCUGACCUCCCAGCCCCGGGCUGGACUCUCUACACAGGCUGUGACUCGCCCCACGCUGCCCGACCCGCACCUCUCACACCCGCAGCCCCCAAAAUGCUUGGAGCCGCCAUCCCACCCUGAGGAGCCUAGCGACCUGGAGGAACUGGAACAAUUCGCUCGCACCUUCAAGCAACGCCGCAUCAAGCUGGGCUUCACGCAGGGUGAUGUGGGCCUGGCCAUGGGUAAGCUCUAUGGCAACGACUUCAGCCAGACGACCAUUUCCCGUUUCGAGGCCCUUAACCUGAGCUUCAAGAAUAUGUGCAAACUCAAGCCCCUCCUGGAGAAGUGGCUCAAUGACGCAGAAACUAUGUCUGUGGACUCAAGCCUACCCAGCCCCAACCAGCUGAGCAGCCCCAGCCUGGGUUUCGACGGGCUGCCGGGGCGGAGACGCAAGAAGAGAACCAGCAUCGAGACGAAUGUCCGCUUCGCCUUAGAGAAGAGUUUUCUAGCGAACCAGAAGCCUACCUCAGAGGAGAUCCUGCUGAUCGCGGAGCAGCUGCACAUGGAGAAGGAAGUGAUCCGCGUCUGGUUCUGCAACCGGCGCCAGAAGGAGAAACGCAUCAACCCCUGCAGUGCCGCCCCCAUGCUGCCCAGCCCGGGAAAGCCGACCAGCUACAGCCCUCACCUGGUCACACCCCAAGGGGGCGCAGGGACCUUACCACUGUCCCAAGCUUCUAGCAGCCUGAGCACAACAGUUACUACCUUAUCCUCAGCUGUGGGGACGCUUCACCCCAGCCGGACAGCAGGAGGGGGUGGAGGUGGGGGCGUAGCUGCGCCCCCCCUCAAUUCCAUCCCCUCUGUCACUCCCCCACCCCCGGCCACCACCAACAGCACAAACCCAAGCCCUCAAGGCAGCCACUCAGCUAUCGGCUUGUCGGGCCUGAACCCCAGCACGGGAAGCACAAUGGUGGGGUUGAGCUCUGGGCUGAGUCCAGCCCUCAUGAGCAACAACCCUUUGGCCACUAUCCAAGCCCUGGCCUCUGGUGGAACCCUGCCCCUUACCAGCCUUGAUGGCAGCGGGAACCUGGUGCUGGGGGCAGCCGGUGCGGCCCCAGGGAGCCCUGGCCUAGUGACCUCGCCUCUCUUCUUGAAUCACGCUGGGCUGCCCUUGCUCAGUGCCCCGCCAGGCGUGGGCCUGGUCUCAGCAGCAGCUGCAGCUGUGGCAGCCUCCAUCUCCAGCAAGUCUCCUGGGCUCUCCUCGUCUUCUUCGUCCUCAUCAUCCUCCACUUGCAGUGAGGUGGCAGCACAGACCCCCGGAGGCCCAGGGGGUCCCGAGGCAGGGUCCAAGGCCGAGUGAGAGCCCGCCAGGCCUCCCCUCCUGCUCCUCUCACUCCCCUGACAUUGGUCCCCCACCCAAGAAGGGGCGAGGAGGCUGGUGGGGGACACAGUGGAUCCUGGGAGCAGGAGUGACAAAGGAGGAAAUACCAAAAAUCAACCAAAAAAAAAAAAUUAAGAGAGAAAACAAAAAGAAACCAACAAAAGAGAAAACCAAAAAUAUUCACAACAGAAACCAGCUUCCCUAAAGGAACCAGAGAUGAAAACAAACGAACAAAAACGCCCCCAGACCAACCAAACAACCCCCCCCCCCCAAAUCAAACAAACCAAAAACCAGUUGCGAGCCAGAUCUUGGAGUGCUCACUGCUAUGACACCAAAUAAGAACCCUCAGCCAGGAGCGGAGCAGCCUCCAGCAGGUCGGACCUCAUGCCGCUGAGCCCUGGCUGUGGGAACAACUCCUAACCUUACCCCCCGCUGGGGGUGGCAGAGAAGGAACUAGAGAAUGUGAUGGCUUGCUGGCCCAGCCCCAGCCCUGGGCCAAUGGAGACAGGGCAUUGCCUGGGGCAGGAGGCCCAGGGCCCAGAGCCACCUGCCAAAUGGUCUUUUCCAGAAGGCAAGAGGAAGGACCGAACAACCUUACACCAAAUAUUCAGUAGCUUCACCCAAAGGAUGUACAGAAUUUUUAGCGUUGUGCUCAACAGAAUGUGUCCCUUCCGUGUGUUCCCCUGCCCCCCAGCUCUCCCGGACAGGGCAGGGGGUCUUGCUUUAAUCCCCCAAACCCCCAGCCUGGGGAGAGUUCAGAGGAAGGCCUGGGUAUGGGCUUUUUGUUCCCUGUACCUCUCCUCUCCCUUUGAAGGGUGGGCUAGGCCUUUUUUUUUUUUAAUUUAAUUUUAUUUUUUUGCCAAGUUCCAGCUCUCCAAAGCCCCUCCUCAGCUCCAUCAUCCUCUCUGUCUGGAGUCUUCCUCUUCCCCUGACUGGGAAGGUGGUUGUUUCAAGCAAAGGGCGAUGAGGUGAGAGCAUCCAAGUUGUCUUUCUUUCCAUCUUGUCUGUCAGUUUCCCUGAAAAAAAAAAUCAUAUUCCAGUGCCUAUCCGUGGAAUCCUUCACGUUCUUUAACAUUAACCAGAAACCAAAAAGAUAACUCACCUCACUCCGCCCACCCUAUGCCCUUUCUGACACUGGCAGAUACCUCUCCCUUCCCUUCCCCAAUGCACACACGCACACACCCCAGUUGUGGGCUCCUCCGGAUGGCAUCUCCAUCAGGGUCCACAUGGUGGUGACAUUGCCAUGUCCUGUGGUUCCCCAUGCAAGAGGGCACUGUGGUGGCCACCACUCCCAUGAGACCUCCACGAGUCUUGGCUGGACCCUGUACUUGCCCAUUCCUGGACAUAUCUCAACAGUGGACAGAGGGGAUGCUGCUGGGAGCCGCCUUGUCCUCCUUCUAUCGUGGAGGUCAACAAAGUUUUGAACCAAAAAACAAAACAACAAAAAACAAAAACAGAAAACCAAACAAACAAUAAAUUAAAACUAGAAAAAAGAAUUUAUAGAUAUAUAUAGAUAUAUAUAUAUGGGAAAGAAGACUAGGACUCUUCAAGACAAGAAGGAGCCGCAAGGUGGAGCCAAGCCCUGCACAGUGGUCCAGGCCUUUGGUCCCCAAGGCGGAUGGAACGAUGGAUGCUUCUUUCUCUUCACAAAUACCUCAUGGACGUCGUCUUCGGAAAGCUGG